AUGGCAACCUCAGCACGAAUGAGAGGAAAACCUAGGAUUAAACCUGCAAAGAAGCAUGGGCCGGACUUCUCAAUUGAUGAGACUUGGUCAAAGUUGUCCCACAACAUAGUCGAGAUUCAGAAGCACCAUGCUGAGAAUCUGUCCUAUGAAGAGAACCAUCGUUUUGCUUACAACAUGGUUCUGUACAAGCACGGCGAAACAUUGUACAAAGGGACAUGCAAGUUGAUAGCCGAGAAUCUGGACAAGCUCGCAAAGGAGCAACUUGUACCAACCUUUCCUACUGUGACUGCGGAUGACCCUGUGCAGAAGAGCCAGGCAUGGGAGACAUUCCUAAAGGCCUUGAGGAAGGUGUGGGAUGACCAUACUUCUAGUCUUUCGAAACUGCGUGAUGUUCUCAAAUAUAUGGAUCGUGUCUAUACAAAGACUGCCAAUGUUCCCGAAAUUUGGGAUGCCGGGUUGCUUCUAUUUCUAGAGCACAUCAUCCGACCUCCAAUAGAGGACCAUAUCAUCUCCGCCGUUCUGAAUCAGAUCCAGACAGAGCGCGAUGGGUAUGUAAUCAAUCGCUCCGCAGUGAAAGGCUGUGUGGACGUGCUUCUACAGCUGUAUGACGAGCACGAAGUGGCCCCGGUAUACAACCGCCACCUCGAGCCUAGUAUUUUGAAAGAGAGUGAAUCUUUCUACAGGAAAGAGGGGGAGGAUCUCUUAGAGACCUGCGAUGCACCCGAAUAUCUCAGGAGGGUAGAGAGUCGAUUUGAUUCCGAGGAAUCACGAGCACACCAUUUCUUGUCGUCGUACACAAGCCUUCCUCUGCGACGAAUAUUGGAGAACAACCUCAUCAAGCCCCACCUUUCAGGUAUUAUUGCUAUGGCGAACUCCGGGUUGGACGUCAUGAUCGACUCGGAUAAACUCGACGAUUUAGCGCGUCUCUACCGUCUGUUCAUCAUGGUACCCGAAGGCCUCCCAUGUCUUAAGAAGGCUUUGAGAGAGACCAUCGUACGAAGAGGCAAGGACAUCAAUGCGGCUAGCUUGAGUACCGAGUUGGAAGAUCCAUCCGUUGAUGCUGAAAUCGAGGGCGCCAAAGGAAAGGGGAAGGGUAAAGCUCGUGCUACGAACACUGGCGCUCAGACACUCCAGGUUGCCUUGAAGUGGGUCCAAGAUGUCCUCGACUUGAAAGACAAGUUCGACAACAUUUGGUCACGGUCAUUCCGAAGUGAUAGGGAUCUCGAAAGUGGUACUAACGAGGCAUUUGAGUCGUUCAUCAACGUGCACGAGAAGUCUCCGGAGUUCAUAUCUUUGUUCAUUGAUGAGAACCUGAAGAAGGGUCUCAAGGGAAAAACGGACACAGAGGUUGAUAUCACUUUGGACAAGACCAUCACUGUCUUCAGAUAUCUCACAGACAAGGACGUCUUCGAGCGGUACUACAAAGGCCAUCUCGCCAAGCGUCUCCUGCUGGGACGAUCCGUCUCCGACGAUGCUGAGCGCGGCAUGCUUGCGAAGCUCAAAAUCGAAUGUGGCUACCAGUUUACGCAGAAGUUGGAAGGCAUGUUCCACGAUAUGAAGAUCUCUGCAGAUACUAUGCAAGCAUAUCAGGACCAUCUCUCAAGAACGACAGCUCCGGACAUUGACAUUUCGGUCACCGUAAUGACUUCGACCUUCUGGCCCAUGUCUUACUCGGGCGUGUCCUGUGUUUUCCCGGACCAGUUGAUCAGGUCAACGAAGUCCUUCGAACAAUUCUACUUGUCUAGGCAUUCAGGGCGAAGGCUUACCUUUCAACCGUCCUUGGGCAAUGCGGAUGUACGGGUAUCCUUCAACACCAAAAAGCACGACUUAAAUGUUUCGACCUUCGCAUUGGUUAUCCUCCUCCUGUUCGAGAACUUGGGCGAUGGUGAAUUCCUAACAUACGAGGAAAUCAAGACAGCGACGUCUAUCCCAGAUCCCGAGCUGCAGCGCAACCUCCAGUCUCUUGCCUGCGCGAAGUACAAGGUUUUGAGGAAGCACCCCCCAGGGCGUGACGUCAAUCUGGACGACUCUUUCUCCUUCAAUGCAGACUUCAACGCACCGUUACAGAAGAUCAAGAUCAGCACAGUCGCGUCGCGGGUGGAGAACUCCGACGAGAGGAAGGAGACGAAGGAUCGCAUCGAAGAAGAGCGACGGCAUCAGACAGAGGCCUGCAUUGUGCGAAUCAUGAAGGACCGCAGGCAUAUGACACACAACGACCUCGUCAACGAGGCAACACGGCAACUAUCGAGCCGCUUCCAGCCGAAUCCACUGAGCAUUAAGAAACGAAUCGAAGGUCUCAUAGAGCGUGAAUACCUUGAACGCUGCAGCGAUCACAAGUCAUAUAAUUACGUAGCAUGA